CUGGAAUCUUCCGUCCAGAGAGAGACGAAUCGCUCGAAGGGCCCGACCGACCGGAGAAGAGUCCCAAGCUUCAACCGGCGAAGAUCUCCGAUCAAAUAGAAGAAGCAGCAGAAGCUGAAACAGCACCGGCGAUAUGCUUCCCACAUCUUCAUCGAAAGGGCGGACAAGCUCUCGCGCCCGGCCCAAUUCCGUUCUCCCUCAGUACCUCCGUAGAAUUGUCAAGUGGCAACAAAUGGACAUUGAAUAUACUUUCUGGCAAAUGCUCCACCUAUGUACCUCUCCAAAAGUGGUGUUAGUAUUUCUAGAUCUAUGAAUUUGUAUGACAUUUUCGUGCUGACAACAUCGCAGGUUCAUUGAUAAAAGGCGUGUUUUUAAAAUCUCUCCCUCCCCUCCCGUGCUGAAUCACAAAUGGAUAGCAUCAAGAAUUUUUUUUAUUUGAUGAAAUUUUAAAAUCUCUCCCUCCCCUCCCGUGCUGAAUCACAAAUGGAUAGCAUCAAGAAUUUUGUUUUUUUAUUUAAUAAAAACAUGUAAUAAGAACAAGAAUUUUGAGAAAUCCAACGAGCUAAACUAUGUUCUUAACUCUUAAGUUGUAUAUUCUUUAUUUUUACUUUUGCAUGUUGCACGUGCAAUGCUUCUACGGAUCCAGAUAUCAGCACACUAAAUACCACAAACAAACUAAGAAUCAAUGGGCACGUGAUGAUCCUGCCUUCAUUGUUAUAUGCAGUCUUCUUUUGUUGGUUUCUACAUUAGCGUACUGUGCUGCGUAUGAUCACAGUGUGGGGCAUACAAUUUUUGUGGUCAUUUCUAUUUUUCUUUUUCAUUUUUUAAUAACUGGAGCUGCGUUGUCAACAUGCUGUUGGUUCUUGACCAACAAUUAUCUUAGAGAGGAAGCUCCCAACAGUCAUGUGGUGGAACAACGGGUAGAAUGGUUGUAUGCAUUUGAUGUCCACUGCAAUUCUUUCUUCCCAGUGUUCAUCAUGCUCUACGUCCUGCAUUAUUUUAUAUCCCCAAUUUUGGUUGCUCACGGUUUCAUUCCCCUUUUACUGUCGAAUGUGCUCUUCAUGGUUGCUACCUCCUACUACCACUACCUCAACUUCUUAGGCUAUGAUGUAUUGCCCUUCCUGGAAAGGACCACUUUUUUCUUGUACCCAAUUGGCAUAGUUAUUGUCCUUUCGCCUAUUUUUAUAUUGAGUGGUUUCAACCCAUCAAGAUAUUUCAUGAACCUGUAUUUUAGCAGAAUUUCAUGAUCGCGGCCAAAUUUUGAGCGAUGCGGUGAGUGAGUCAUAUGACAUUCUUGUGGGGUGGGGUGGGGGGGAUCUGUAGUGGCGUGUCGUUAGCGUAUCUUAUCUUA